UACUAUUCAAGGGCUAGACUAGUAGUAACUUCAGUUUUUUCAGACUUUGAAAAGAAAAUCAGAAUCAUCAUGGCCACGGCAGUGAAUGUAGACUUUUUUAUGACAGAUUGGGAGACAUUAUCUCUAACCGAAGAAGAGUAUGAUUUACCAGUAUGGCAGAAAGCUAUAAAUACACAUGUUGUGGAUACCAGGCGUAUUACUGUUAAAAAUGAUGAUUCAGAAAAUGAACAAGAGUUAGGCUUAAAUGAAAUAAUACAGGAUAGAUUUUCUGAUGAAGAAGACCAAGACGCUGAUAAUCCAGUUUUAGAAGAAAAUGGUCUCAAUCUUAGAAAAUACCAACAUGAACUUGCUGCCAAAGCCCUGCAGGGUCUCAACACUAUAAUCUGUGCACCUACAGGCUCUGGUAAAACUAGAGUGGCAACUUACGUCAUUCUUGAACAUUUAAAAAACAGCAAUGGCCAUAAGAAAAAGAAAGUGGCUUUCUUAGCACAAACUGUGCCAUUAGCACAACAGCAGUAUAAAACUUUAAAGAAACAUCUGCCCAAUGAUUAUAAGAUCGUCAUCUUUACAGGAAAGAGUAAAAACAGCAUGAGCCUUGGCCUGCUUCUGAAACACAGUGAUAUUUUUGUGAUGACUCCAGAGAUCCUGGUCAAUAACAUAAAUAUCAAUGGUCUGAGGCUCAACCAUUUUUCUCUGAUGGUAUUUGAUGAGUGUCACCACACCCGCAAGAGUGAGGUGUACAAUGUGCUGAUGCUCAAGUACCUGAUGCUCAAGCACAGAGGGGCAGCACCAUCUCAUCUGCCACAGAUUGUAGGCUUAACAGCUACAAUAGGGAUAGAGAAAGCAUCUAAUGAUCACGUCGCAAUGAUGAGAAUUUUGGAAGUCAUGGGCAAUCUGGACUGUGCUAACAUCAACACAGUAUCAGAUAACAUAGAGGAGUUACAAAGGCUUGUUGCAGUACCUGAUGAGAGAUGCAAUUUGUUGCGUGAAUUGACUCCUGAUGCCUUUUUUGAAAAAAUUAAUGAGAUAAUGGAAGAACUAGAAGGGUACAUUAAACACCAUGCUAAAAGAAUAAAUGACCCUACAUUGUCUACUGUUGUGAGGGCAAUUCCUCCUGAUAGGCGGUCUCAAAGAUAUGGACAGUGGGCAGUCAAUCUCAAAGCUGCUGCACGCGCUGUGCCAAGAAUCAAUUCUGAUAGUGCUGUUGCUAUGUCAAUUAGAACAGCUAUCAGUUUUUCAAAAUAUUUAGCAGACUUUAACUUCGCCUUGGAAUCAUAUGAUCUGGUGGAGCAUACAGAUGUCAUUAAUUAUCUCAGUAAACGUUUUGAGAACCUGUAUAUCUUUGAGGAGAGAACAGAGGAAGAAAAUAUUCUAUGCACACAUUUUGAAGAGUUAAAAAGGAUUGUCUCACUAAUACCUGACGAAACAAAUCCUAACCUGCGGAGUUUAUCUAACACUCUCUUGGAGAAUUUAGUUAACAAUGGCGAGUCCUCCCGCUGCAUUAUCUUUGUAAAGACAAGAGCCAUGGCCGAGGCUCUCAGCUCAUGGAUCAACAGGUGUAACAUCCCAGCCCUGCAGACUUUAAAGGCCACCUAUUUUACUGGCACUAAUGCUUCUCAAGAACAGGGAGGAAUGACACUUGCCUCACAAAAUGAUGCCCUGGAAAUGUUUAGAUCAGGAGAGGUAAGGAUGUUAGUGGCUACAUCAGUAGCUGAAGAAGGCAUUGAUAUUCCAGAGUGCAAUCUGAUUAUCAAGUACAAUUAUGUUGGGAAUGAAAUUACCACGAUACAGACAAGAGGGAGAAGUAGACAACAUGGUGGUGUGUCGAUUCUGCUAGCAAUGCCUGAUGUUUUGGAAAGAGAGUUUAACAACUUGAAUAAAACAUUUAUCAUGAAACAAGCAAUCAAACUAGUGGUAGCCAUGGAGGAAAGUAAAAGAGCUGAAUUUAUUAACCAACAUCAGCUACAAGUCCUUGAGCUUUUAGAUCAGGAAGAGAAAGCUGCUCCUAAAAAAGUUCAAGCUGAUUAUAAAAUAAUUUGCCCAAUGUGUAGACAGCUUGAAGUAGAUGGUAAACAUUUAAGGACAAUAUUUAAAAAAUACAGAGUUUGUAUAGACAGGGAACUAAUUGAUGGAAAGUUCAUUCGAUGCGCUAUAAGGGAUAAAAGGGAGAUGGAUGAACUUGAGUUUAUUGGACCAGUUUAUUGCAAUAGCAGGCUGCCCAGUGGGAAGUUUUGUCGUCACAAAUUAGGCGUAAUGAUCAAACACAGAGGUGCCCCUUACUUCAACCCUGGAAUUGAAAAUGUAGGAUUUUUUACUGAUGUUCAAAAUCCAGUGAAUUCUUAUAGACAAUGGAAGAAAGUUCCUUAUGAUAUUAAAGAAUUAUCAACAGAGGAUAUUAUAAGAUACAACAAGCUACUGCCUGAAGAUUUUAAUAUCCAGUUGGAUGAAACAGAUGAAAGUAGCAGUGAUGAUGAGUGACAGAUAUCUGUGAGAUGUUCUUGCAUCAGUCAUUCACUCAACAGUAUAGGUACCAGGAUUUCAUUGGUAAAGAAUGUAUUGAAGGUGUUAAUUUUAUUAGGAUGCCCAAAGAUUCAGCGAUUAAAUAAUCUAUUCACUUGGAAAGAUAUAUGUGUAGUGUGGUGGGCACAUGGUACCAUUAUUUAAGAAAAAAUGUUCUUUACUCUAUAAUCAAACCUGUAAGAUUUUUCAUUUUAAAUAAUUAGUUUUUUAUGAUUGAUAUAACACUUAUUUAAAUUAUGUGUUUUAAAUGUAUUGUCUUAGUGGAUUUUAAAACUUUCUACUGAGUUUAAACAAGGUAUAAGAUCUUGAAAAUAUUUGUCUAUCACUACAAUAGUAGUUUAAAAUCAAAUGCCUUUACUAAUAUUCACUUCUUGUAUCAAUUAGCUUGUCUCAUGUAAGAAUUGAAAAACUGUUUCUGCCAGCGCAUUAAUGCGUGUUUGUAUUAUUAUACUUGUGAUAAAUAUUUUAUACAUUGUGAUAAAACACCAUGUCGAUGCAAUAGUUAACUAUAUUCUUUUUGAGUUUUAUGACUUCAUUUAAAAAAUUUAAACCAAAGUUUAACUUUUGCCUUGUUCACACAUCAGCGUUUUUUAAAGCAGUUGAAAAGAAAAAUUCCAAAGUGCCAGUGGAUUUCUAUUUUUAUAAAUUAUGUUUGGGAAACUGUAAUUUAUGUUUGUUUAACAGUUGAUUAUAAUAAUAUAUAAUUUAUUUCAUUGCAUUUUAACCAUAUUUAUUUAUAUAUAUAUAUAUAUAAUGCAUAUUGCAAUAAUAAAUGAUGAUCUGUUUACCAGAAUUCACAACCAUUUCAACUUUAGAAAUGACUAAUGCUUUUAUACUAGUUUAUAAAUAAACCUCUGUGAUACCCCCCUUUGAAAAUAUAGUUAUACAAAAAUGGACAUUAUUUAUUAGAAUUGCUAAGCUCAAGAUAGUAUACAAAACUGUUUUUUUUAAUAAACACAUUUUUGUACCUUCUAAAUGCUGUUAAAAUUGUUUUAGAUGAAACUAACCUUAGAUUUUUCUAGCUUUUCCUUUGUGUCACAUACAAUGUAAAGUAAGACAUUGUAUUAUCUUUUUGGAGACCAUAUCUAUUUCUUGAUUUAAAAACAAUUAUUUCUAGUUUUAAGACAAUUUUGGGUGGGCUAUGCAUGUGAA